AUGGUGAAGUACGCUCAGGACGCGGAGAACGCGGCCAAGUCGGCGAAGGCCCGGGGCUCCGACCUCCGCGUGCACUUCAAGAACUCCCGUGAGGCCGCUGCCUCCAUCCGCGGCAAGGACCUGGCCAAGGCCAAGGCCUACCUGCAGGCCGUGCUCGAGCACAAGCGCGCCAUCCCCUUCCUGCGCUUCAACGGCGGCGUGGGCCGGACUUCGCAGGCCAAGAACGAGGGCAACUCCAUUGGCCAGGCCCGCUGGCCCAAGAAGUCCGUGGACUUCCUGCUCAACCUGCUGAAGAACGCCGAGUCGAACGCCGAGCUUAAGGGCCUGGAUGUGGACAACCUGUACAUCUCCCACAUCCAGGUGAACCAGGCCCAGCGUGGACGCCGCAGGACCUACCGCGCCCAUGGCCGCAUCAACCCCUUCAUGUCCUCCCCCUCGCACAUCGAGCUGAUCCUGUCGGAGCGCAACUCCGCGGUCAAGGCCGAGGCCGAGCCCACCCGGGCGCGCAAGCUCACCAAGCGGGAGGCGGCAAAGAAGCUGCGCUCCGGCUCUACCUCUGUCGCCGCCACCGCAUGA